GACAUGGAUAGUGAUACUAAUGGAGAGAUAUCCCUCGAGGAGUACAUGAAUCACAUCAAUGAGAUGUCGUCCGAAGAGGAGAAGAGUGAUCCUAACUUUGCUCAGGUGCAACAAAAUCACUUCACGUCAUACUUAGAUAAGAACAAAGACAGUGUCUUAAGCAAAGACGAGUUGAAGGAGUGGUUGGUUCCCACGUACGACCGACACGAAGCCGAAUCGUGGAGAUUAAUCCAGUCGGGCGACCAGAACCAGGAUGAGAAGCUGUCCAAAGAGGAGAUCCUCGAGCAUACGGAUCAGUACUUGAGUCUCAUUCCACCCGAAUUCUGGCAUCAAUUCAAUGCCGACCACACGACCACCCCU